AUGCGCCUCUCUGAAAUCCUCUCUAAACAUGGUGAACAAGUUAGACUAUCACCUGUACAUGCGUCACAACACAAAAGACAGCAAAUACAACCCGUGUCGCUGCAUUUUCUAUCACCAUCACGACAUGUACAUUCACUAGUCAUCUUCACCCUCUCCUCAUCAACCUGCACAACCAUGAACCACGAACCUUAG